AUGGUGCAGGAAGGCAUCAUGUUGGGUCACAGAGUGUCUAGAAGCGGUAUUGAAGUUGAUAAGGCAAAGGUGGAAGCGAUUGAAAAAUUACCUCCACCCAUUUCUGUGAAGGGUGUCCAGAGUUUCUUGGGACACGCGGGGUUGCUUGAUAAAGAGGUAACUUUCAAUUUUGAUGAUGCCUGCCUGAAGGAAUUUGAAAAGCUCAAAACGAAACUGGAAUUUGAUGUAGAAAUGCGAGAUCGAAAGGUCACAGAGAACCAAGUAGUUGAUUAUCUAUCAAGGCUGAAAAAUCAUGACCACGUGGAGGAGGGUGGAGAAAUUAAUGAGGCAUUUCCUGAUGAGCAACUUUUGCUAUUAUCCAAUACCCUCCCCCAUGAAAAGGAGGUGGAAUUAGUGUUGUAUGAUUGUCAUGCAUCACCUUAUGAGGGCCAUCAUGGAGGCGAUAGAAUAGCUGCAAAGGCGAUCGCAUUGCCAACAAAUGAUGCCAUGGUGGUAGAUGCGUUUGUGAAAAAGAACAUAUUCUCGAGGUUUGGGACUCCACGUGCCUUGAUUAGUGAUGAAGGGACACAUUUUUGCAAUCGGUUGUUGAAUAACCUCCUAGCUAAAUAUGGAGUCCGCCAUAGAGUUAUUAUGGCGUAUCAUCCUCAAACAAGUGGACAACCUGAGGUGUCUAACAGAGAAAUAAAGCAAAUCUUAGAGAAGACAGUGUGUGUGAAUAGGAAGGAUUGGGCUGCAAAGUUAGAUGUUGCCUUGUGGGCAUAUAGAACUACAUAA